AUGGUGUUCUUGAGCUGGGGCCGUCCAUCUUCCGAGCAACAGCAACAAGUAAUCAACAAAGCAGGAACGUUCAAUUACGACAACAAGUACAGAGGAGCUUCGUCUAGAUCAGCAGCUAAGCUAAAGGAAGAUUCAGAAGUCGGUAAAGAUGGAUUCUUGAUCAAUCACUCUCGUGUUUUAGUCGGUUCCGGUAAAGAGAGCUACGAGAAGAGCAAGAAAGCUCUACAGAAUUGGAAGCAUUUCGGAAUGGAUUGGGCAUUUGUGGAUCCGAAAACACGUGUUGAAACGGGCAGCAAGUUUUGCAUAUGCGUGAAAGAAGUGCUUCCAUGGGUGAUGCUUCCUCUGCAAGUGGUGUACGUGGACAAAACCCGGAAAUCUCGAAAAGGCCCCGCGCGUUUCGGAUUCGGGAGCGGCACUCUCCAGGGGCAUUUGCUAGCCGGAGAAGAACGGUUCUCGGUAGAGCUCGACGGAGAUGGUCAAGUGUGGUAUGAGAUCACUUCUCUGUCAAAGCCUGCUCAUUUCUUGUCGUUUCUCGGAUACCCUUACGUGAAGCUAAGGCAGAAACACUUUGCUCAUCAUUCUUCUCAUGCACUACUCAAACAUGUUCAUGACUCUUCAUCUUGA